CUAUAUAAUCCCCAAACUUUUGUAGCUUCUGCUGUAAGGAGCAAAACAAUGGAAGGAAAGCAUUAUGUUCUGGUGCACGGAGCUUGCCAUGGAGCUUGGUGCUGGUACAAGCUCAAGCCUCAGCUUCAGUCUGCAGGCAACAGGGUCACAGUACUGGACCUUGCAGCCUCGGGCAUCAACCCCAAGAGAAUUGAAGAUGUUGGUAGUUUUGCUGAGUACUCUGAGCCACUCUUAGAGUUCUUAGAAUCUCUGCCUCCAGGUGAAAAGGUUGCUCUCGUUGGACACAGCUUUGGAGGAUUGAGUUUAGCUCUUGCCAUGGACAAGUUCCCUCACAAGAUAGCAAUUGCUGUUUUCUUAGCAGCUUUUGUUCCUGAUACCCAACAUCCACCCUCUUAUGUCCUAGAACAACAGCCCAUGGAGAGAGAAGACCUGAAUGAAGAGUUCAACAUGAAUAUUUCAUCAUCUGGAUCUGCAUCAAUGAUUUUUGGGUUCAAGUGUUUGUCCACCAAAAUUUAUCAACUCAGUCCCAUUGAGGAUCUUGAGUUAGCCAAGACGUUGAUAAGGCCAGGAUGGCUUUUUGUUGAAGAAUUGCGGAAGGCAGAGAAUUUCUCAGAAGAAGGGUAUGGUUCGGUUCCAAAGGCUUAUAUUGCUUGUAAGGAGGAUGCGAUAAUUCCAUUAGCAUAUCAACGUUGGAUGAUUGAAAAUGCUGGAAUUGAAGAUGUCUUGGAAAUCAAAGAUGCAGAUCAUAUGGCUAUGUUUUCCAAACCACAAGAAGUUUGCCAGUCUCUCCUCCAGAUGGCUGAGAAAUACACAUGAUUUUGUAUCAGAUCAUUGUUAGGAUGCAUUGAAUAUUAGUUUCUUUCAGUGGUCUUUAUUGUUUAAAGAAUAAAUUUACAUAUGAAUUGUGUCUUCGGAUUGCUGGGCUUCUAGUUGUCAUAUGCGUGUCUUUUGCGACUGAUUGUUGGGUAUACAUUGAAUUUCCUCCUUGGUUUCAGUGCCCUUUAUUGACUAAAGGACACGUUUACAUUGUGAAGAGAUAAGUUGCAAGAA